UCUCUCUCUCUCUCUUUCUCCAGCUUUCGUCACAACCACGUAAGUUUCUCUCUCAUAUCAAUUGAUCUAUACAGGCAGCCCCCCUCCUCUAUCGAUGUGAGGGGGUAUAAAAGAGCAGUCGAGGUGUGCGCUCUCGAUAUUUUCCUCUUAUUACUCAAAUUCACGCGGACACACGGAACGGAGAUGUCGGGGACUUUGCGCGCGCAGUUGUGUUUCCUCCUGUUGAGCGUCACGGCUCUCCGGGGACACGCGCGCUUUCUGGACGUACAGGAUAACGAGAUCAGCCCGGAAGGAUUAUUAUCUCUGCUGAGCUCUGAACUGAAGAGAGAGUUACCAGAGGAGUUUGUGUACCGCAGAGCACUCAGAUGUAUGGACAUGGUGGCUGUAGAGGGUCAAUUCACAUUUACAGCAGAGCGUCCACAGCUAAACUGCGGUGUCUUUUUUAUCGGCGAGCCCAGUGACAUUAUUAGUAUCGAGUAUGAUUCUGUCAACAUCGACUGCAGAGGAGGAGAUUUUAUAAAGGUGUUUGAUGGAUGGGUGAUGAAGGGGGAAAAGUUUCCGAGCUCGCAGGACCAUCCUCUUCCUCUAUACGAGCGUUAUUCUGAUUAUUGUGAGACUGGAGGGGCUCGGACAAUCGUACAGUCUUCUCAGAAUGUCGCCAUGCUGUUCUUCAGACUCCACCAAUCAGGGAGCAGCUUCACAAUAACAUUCCGCAAACUCAUCAACCCAUUCCCCUGCAAUGUUGUCUCGCAGACCCCAGAGGGCAGUUUCACCAUGGUAAUUCCACAGCAGCACAGGAACUGCAGUUUCUCUAUAAUCUAUCCAGUGGAGAUCCAAAUUGGAGAGCUCAGUCUUGGCCAACACAAUGAUCUCAAGAGAUCCAUACCUGGUUGUGCAGCGACUGGAGAUUUUGUUGAGCUUCUUGGAGGAAAUGGCAUGGACACUUCCAAGAUGUUCCCCAUGGCAGAUCUUUGCUACCCCUUUAAUGGACCAGCUCAAAUUAAGGUUGGUUGUGAUAACACUGUGGUCAGAAUGGUGUCGAGCGGGAAGUUCAUAAACCGUGUUAGCUUCCAAUAUCGGCUGUUGGGCCACCAAGAGCUUCAGCAAAUGAAGGGAAACAAUGUUGAAGACAUUUGUUUAAAAGCAUAAGACCUCUCUCUCUCUCUCUCUCUCUCUCUCUCUCUCUCUCUCUCUCUCUCUCUCUCUCUCUCUCUCUCUCUCUCUCUCUCUCUCUCUCUCUCUCUCUC